CGCAGCUUUGGGUGGGAACUUCUGGGCCAGAGCUGGCGAACUCCUUUGAACCGCGUCUGGGUCCGCCAUGGCUUCGGACUCAGCGGAUCGCGGGACUCUCUGCACGCUGGAGUUCGCGGUGCAGAUGACCUGUCAGAGCUGUGUGGACAUGGUGCGCAAGUCUCUGCAAGGGGUGGCAGGUGUCCAGGGUGUGGAAGUACAUUUGGAGAACCAGAUGGUCUUGGUGCAGACCACCCUGCCCAGCCAGGAGGUGCAGGCCCUGCUGGAAGGCACAGGGCGGCAGGCAGUACUCAAGGGCAUGGGUGGCAGCCAAUUACAUAAUCUGGGGGUAGCAGUGGCCAUUUUAGGAGGAUCUGGCACCGUGCAGGGAGUAGUGCGCUUCCUACAGCUGACUCCUGAGCGCUGUCUCAUCGAGGGCACCAUUGAUGGCCUGGAACCUGGGCUGCACGGACUCCACGUCCAUCAGUAUGGGGACCUCACACAGAACUGCAACAGCUGUGGGGACCACUUUAACCCUGAUGGAGCAUCUCAUGGGGGCCCUCAGGACUCCGACCGGCAUCGCGGAGACCUGGGCAACGUCCGUGCUAAUGCUGAUGGUCGUGCCAUCUUCAGGAUAGAGGAUGAGCAGCUGAAGGUGUGGGAUGUGAUUGGCCGCAGUCUGGUUAUCGAUGAGGGAGAAGAUGACCUGGGCCAGGGUAACCAUCCCUUGUCCAAGAUCACGGGGAAUUCUGGGGAGAGGCUGGCCUGUGGCAUCAUCGCACGCUCUGCUGGCCUUUUCCAGAAUCCCAAACAGAUCUGCACCUGCGAUGGCCUCACCAUCUGGGAGGAGCGAGGCCGGCCCAUUGCUGGCAAGGGCCGAAAAGAGUCAUCACAAACCCCUGCCCACCUUUGAGUGUGGCCUCACCCCAGUUACUGUCCUUCUAGCCAAGCAAAUUCCACUUCCAGAGGUGUCAAUGGGGAUCUUUGUUGCCUAGUCCUUGGAGAAUUAAGUACAGGAUACAUAGUGGUUGCUGCAAUGUUCCCUCAGCAAAUUAAAGUUUAUUUUCAUAUGGAACUUCUUGUUUCA